CAAUCAUUUUCAGCCGGUGCAAACAUGUCUACACGGGCGUCCGGGCGAGAUUAAUCGAGCCCCCACAUUGCUACCACUGUGCGUGCCCUAACAGUUGUGAUCAAAACAUAAGCGAGUGCUGGUGGGUGCUGAGUCCACGUUGUCCCAAACCGAGAGGGAAACGGAGUAGUUUGUGCAAACACGAAGUUCUACCAGUGAAAUUAUACCCUUGACAUAUUUGGGAUACCUUGGUUCAAGUACUGCAACUCUCUGUGCUGAUUUACCUGUAUCUCUGCCACGUGGGACAGAAGGGCUAGCUGAUGGGUCAGAGGAGGCGGAGUUAGGGGACCCUGGUCCGAACUUAGACCAAACCCAGUCACACUCCUAGACCAGAGAGGUCUGUUGACCUCUAGAGAUGAGGUCCAUCCGAUCGUUCGCCAACGACGACUGCCACGUCAUGGCCAAGCAUGCCGACAUCUACCCUUCGCCAGAGGAGCUGGAGGCUGUCCAGAAGCUGGUAUCCACCGUGGAAUGUGCCCUCAAACAGGUGUCGGACUGGAUGGACAACCUCAACGCCUCCCUAAGCAAGGCCCCAACCACCACCAUCAACAUCAAGGCUGCUGGAGACUCUACCGGCACCCACGGCAGCACAAAGACCCAGAGUGUGUCGAUCCUGUGUGGGGUGAUGCGGGUGGGUCUUGUGGCUAAGGGCCUCCUGGUUAAAGGAGACAUGGAUUUGGAGCUGGUCCUGAUGUGCAGAGACAAACCCACCAAAUUACUUCUGUACACUGUUAGUGCCAACCUGCCCUUGCAACUACAGACGCUGACGGAGGACAAGUACGAGGUGCGGUCGAGCGUGUCGGAGUCCGCCAUCUGGGUGGUCAACAUCAACGACCCCAAAUUCUCCCUGAAGGUCACCCUGUCCUCACUGGCCAUGAGAGAUGAACACACUGCCAAAGACCAAGAGGAAGGUGUGGAGGUGGAGGGGCUUGAUGAGGUGCUGGACGGGCGGUGGUGCCAGGCUGCCCUGGCAACGCUCAGACACACCAAAUGGUUCCAGGCCAGAGUGACCGAUCUGAAGUCGUGUGUCAUCGUCAUGCGUGUUUUCAGAGACAUGUGCAACAGACUAACUGUGUGGGAACCUCUCAAAGGAUGGCCCCUAGAGCUGAUCUGUGAGAAGGCCAUAGCCACCUGUGACCGGCCUCUGGGGCCCGGAGAGGCCCUGCGCAGGGUCAUGGAGUGCAUCGCCUCAGGGAUCCUCCUCCCAGAUGGGCCGGGAGUUCACGACCCCUGUGAGAAGGAGCCAACAGACACCUUGUCAGUGAUCACAAGCCAACAGGCUCAGGCGAUCACUCUCAAUGCACAGCAUGCGCUACGCCUCCUAGCCUUUGGACAGCUUUAUAAGGUCCUGAAUAUGAAUCCUCUCACUCCAACCAAACCGUCACACAGAAUCUCCGGGUUGGACAAAGGAACCUGUCGUAAAAGGCAGCACGAAGACAGACACAUUGACGACAGACAGCUCUUCAAGAGGAUGAAACACAACAUGAUGAGAGUUCUGGACAAUAACAUGAUGGACCCAAACCACCCCAUGAACGCUCUGAUAAGACUGAACCAGGUCCACCCAGGGCUGCAGUACAAGCUAAUGUCCCAGUCCGGCCCGGUCCACGAUCCAGUCUUCACCAUGUCUGUGGACGUCCACGGCACUGUCUACGAGGCUUCCGGCGGCUCCAAGAAGAUGGCCAAACUACGAGUAGCACUUAAGGUCCUACAGGCACUAGGUUGCCCAGCUGACUUCGAUGUGGACCUGGACUCCCUGAGUGCUGACGGCGAGGGACCCAACCAUAGAAGUGAUAGAAACGACAGAAUGUCCACCAGCUCCAGCAGAAACUCUGUCACCUCCUCCUCAGACGCACACGAGUCCCGCACCCCAGGCCCUCUCCUUACGGCAGGGGGCAAGAACCCAGUGAUGGAGCUGAAUGAGAAACGCAGAGGCCUGAAGUACGAACUCCUAUCAGAGACCGGCGGCAGCUACGACAAACGCUUCAUCAUGGAGGUGGAGGUUGAUAAACAGAAGUUCCGAGGCUCGGGGCCCAAUAAGAAAGCGGCGAAGGCUUGCGCUGCCCUGGCUGCUCUGAUGAGACUCUUCUCUGACUCCAAAGACCCCUGCAACAAGAAGAGGAGACCUACCACACUGGUGAAGAGAACUGUGUCAUCAACUGUGACUAUCCCAGCCCAUGCCCAUUCCAGGCCUAGAACAAGACCAGUGAUGCAUAGAGCACCCUCCAUCAGCGCUCCCCCCACCCAUGGCUACCUCCCAAUAGGCUAUGGAGCUCCAUAUGGUUAUGGUACUGCAGCUUACCUCCCUGCCUAUGGUGGCCUGUACAUUGACAGUGCCUUUUACCAGCCACAGACUAUUGCCACUCCUAUUAUAAUUCACCUGGGUCCUCAGGAUCUCUUCUGACCUCAGCAGCCAGCAGGGGAUCUCAUUUGACCUCUGCUCUCUAGAGCCAUCAGGGGACGACUAAGUUUUGACUUAGCUUCCAGUUUCCUGUCUGACCAGGCUCUCAUUACCUUAUUAAAGGGGUACUUCAGUAUUUUUGCAAUGAGGCCUUUUAUGUACUUUGUGGAUACCAUUUUUAUGUCUGUGUCCAGUAUGAACGUCUAGUAACCCAAAGGUUGCAAUCAUUUUUCAAAUCUCAUCACGAACAACUUUAGCGUUUUUGUUAAUUAGCAACUUUUCAACUACAAAAAUGUUAGCUAACCAUUCCACUAAUCUUAAUCUUAACCCUUUUAGCUAACCAUAACUUUAACCCUUUAGCUAACCCUUCCCUUAACCCUAACAUUUUAACCUAACUCCUAAACUUAACCUUAACCCUAACCACUAGCCUGGCGUUGGCCAUCUAGCAAGAAUUUGUAACAUAUCAUACAUUUGGCAAAUUCGUAACAUAUAAACUGAACAAAAACAUAAACGCAACAUGUAAAGUUCCAUACACACCAAAAGCUUAUUUCUGUCAAAUGUUGUUCACAAAUUUGUUUACAUCUCUGUUAGUGAGCAUUUCUCCUUUGCCAAGAUAAUCCAUCCACCUGAUAGGUGUGGCCUAUGAAGAAGCAUGAUCAUUACACAGGUGAACACUGUGCUAGGGACAAAAUGUCUCUAAAAUAUGCAGUUUUGUCACACAACACAAUGACACAGAUGUCUCAAGUUUAGAGGGAGCGUGCAAUUGGCAUGCUGACUGCAGGAAUGUCCACCAGAGCUGUUGCCAGAUAAUUUAAUGUUCAUUUCUCUACCAUAAGCCGCCCCCAUAUUGGGAUACAGCUACCCAUUCUUGAAACUACCUCUAUCUUCCUUCAUACUAGACAGAGACAUAAACAUGGUAUUCACGAGUGUAUCUUACUCUGGGGAAGUAGAUAAAAGGCCUCAUUGCCAAAAUCACGAAGUAUCCCUUUAAGACUGUGUCCAGAUUCUCCACCUCCACCCUUCCCAUGAAUGAAUUGUGCAAGUGCACACUAGGUCGGAAAAUCGGGACCCAUCUCUGAGCAGACAUCAAUCCAAGAAGAAGAAGCAAUACAUCAGAGUUGGAAUUAUUUCCCAAUAUGUUGCAAUACUUGACUUUAGCUUCAAAUCUACUUGGAAAUAGUGGAAAUGGAUUGGCACAACACUGCAAUAUUCAUGUGAUAUAUACUGAGUAUACCAAACAUUAAGAACACCUUCCUAAAAUUGAACACCUUCCUAAUAUUGACUUGCACCCUCCCCUUUUGCCAUCAGAACAGCCUCAAUUCGUCAGGGCUUGGACUCUACAAUGUGUCGAAAGCAUUCCACAGGGAUGCUGGCCCAUAUUGACUCCAAUGCUUCCCACUGUUGUCAAGUUAGCUGGAUGUUCUUUGGGUGGUGGACCAAUCUUGGUACACACGAGAAACUGUUCAGCGUGGAAACACCAGCAGGUUUGCAGUUCUUGACACAAACCAGUGUGCCUGGCACCUACUACCCUGUUCAAAGGCACUUAAAUAUUUUGUCUUGCCCAAUUACCCUCUGAAUGGCACACACACAAUUUAUGUCUCAAGGCUUGAAAGUCCUUCUCCCCUUCAUCUACACUGAUUUGAAGUGGAUUUAACAAGUGACAUCAGUGAGGGAGCAUAGCUUUCACCUGGAUUCACCUGUUUAGUCUAUGUCAUGGAAAGAGCAGAUGUACUUAAUGUUUUAUGUACUCAGGUGUAUGUAUCUAUAUACAAUAUUUGUGUAAUUAUGGGGGUGUGUGUUUUUUGAGUAUGUUUAACCCAAUAAGGAUAUGAUUUGUAUUUAUUUAUGAUACAUGUCAAUUAAUGCGUAUUUUACCACAAUGUAAAUGCAUUUAUAUCAAGCACCUUUGUAUACAAUAUACACAGCAGUGUAUAUAUAGAAGUUAAUUUGCAUGUAUCAUUUGUACGUACUGUACAGUAGAAACAAAUCUGUUUUGUAUUUAAUUCCAGAUUUAACGGUGUAAGCAGAGAGUAGACUCGUCCUAGUCCAAUGUAAUGUUUUUAAAAUCUCCUAGCAGCAGUUAAUAGCAAUACUCCACUCAGGGCAACACGUUGACAUCUGGAAUUAUGUCUACAACCCAGAAAGCAAUAGCGCUCUCAAUUUCUCUCUGUUUCCAACACACACACACACACACACACAAUCCUGUAACAGUGUGCAAGACGUGAAUGUACCUUUCAACUUUUCUCAUAUCCAAAUCAAAGUUUAUUGGUCGUGUACACAGAUUUGCAGAUGUUAUUGCAGGUGCAGCGAAAUGCUUGUGUUUCUAGCUCCAACAGUGCGGUAAUGCCUAGCAAUAAUAAUAAUAAUAAUUAAAAAAAAUAAUACACACAUAAUUAAGAAAUGUCUGAAACCGGAAUCUAAAUAUGUACAUACAGUGCAUUCGUGAAAGUAUUCAGACACCUUGACUUUGUCACAUUUUGUUACGUUACAGCCUUAUUCAAAAAUGUAUGAAAUCAUUUUUUCCACUCAUCAUUCUACACACAAUACCCCAUAAUGACAAAGCAAAAAUAGGUUUUUAGAAUUUUAGAAUUGAUAAAAAACAGAUACCUUAUUUACGUAAGUAUUCAGACCCUUUGCUAUGAGACUCGAAAUUGAGCUCAGGUGCAUGGGAGAAGCAUCCAGAAGGCCAACCAUCUCUGCAGCCCUCUACCAAUCCGGCCUUUAUGGUUGAGUGGCCAGACGGAAGCCACUCCUCAGUAAAAGGCAUAUGGCAGCCCGCUUGGAGCUUGCCAAAAGGCACCUUAAGGACUCUCAGACCAUGAGAAACAAUAAUCUCUGCUCUGAUGAAACCAAGAUGGAACUCUUUGGCCUGAAUGCCAAGUGUCACGUCUGGAGGAACCCAGGCACCAUCCCUACGGUGAAGCAUAGUGGUGGCAGUAUCAUGCUGUGGGGAUAUUUUUCAGCGGCAGGGAUUGGGAGACUAGUCAGGAUUAAGGCAAAGAUGAACAGAGCAAAGUACAGAGAGAUCCUUGAUGAAAACCUGCUCCAGAACGCUGAGGACCUCAGACUGGGGCCAAGGUCCACCUUCUAACAGGACAACGACCCUAAGCACACAGCCAAGACAAAGCAGGAGUGGCUUCGGGGACAAGUCUCAAUGUCCUUGAGUGGCCCAGCCAGAGCUCGGCUUGAACCCUAUCGAACAUCUUUGGAAAGACCUGAAAAUAUCUGUGAUGCAACGCUCCCUAUCCAAAAUGACAGAGCUUGAGAGGAUCUGCAGAGAAGAAUGGGAGAAACUCCCCAAAUACAGGUGUACCAAGCUUGUAGCGUCAUACCCAAGAAGACUUGAUGCUGUAAUCGCUGCCAAAGGUUCUUCAACAGAGUACUGAGUAAAUGGUCUGAGUACUUAUGUAAAUGUGCUAUUUCCUGUUUUUUUUAAGACAAUUGCUAAAGUUUCUAAAAAAACAUUUUUUUUGCUUUGUUAUUAUGGGAUAUUGUGUGUAGAUUGAUAAUAAAACAUUUAAUACAUUUUAGGAUAAGGCUGUAUCAUAACAAAAUGUUUAAAAAAUCAAGGGGUCUGAAUACUUUCCGAAUGCACUAUAUUUAAAGUGUAUAUCAGUGGAGGCUGCUGAGGGGAGGACGGCUCAUAAUAAUGGCUGGAAUGGAGUGAAUUGUAUAAAAAAACACAUGGUUUUCAUAAGUUUGAUACCAUUCCAUUCACUCCCUUAAACUCCAUUCCAGCCAUUAUUAUGAGCUGUCCUCCCCUCAGCAGCCUCCACUGAUGUAUGUAAAUAUAUAUAUAUAUACAUAUAAUGGUGUGUAAAGACAGUAUGGACAAUAUAUUAAUAGGAAAGGUGUGUACAGCAGUAGGUAUAUAGGAUGAGCCAUGACUAGAAUACAGUAUAUGCAUAUAAUGUAGGUCAAACAGUAUGUAAACAUUAUUAAAGUGACCAGUGUUCAAUGACUAGAGUACAGUAUGUAAACAUUAUUAAAGUGACCCGUGUUAAAUGACCUGAAUGCAGUAUGUAAACAUUAUUAAAGUGACCAGUGUUCAAUGACUAGAAUGCAGUAUAUACAGUUGAAGUCAGAAGUUUACAUACACCUUAGCCAAAUACAUUUAAACUCAGUUUUUCACAAUUCCUGACAUUUAAUCCUAGUAAAAAUUCCCUGUUUUAGGUCAGUUAGGAUCACCACUUUAUUUUAAGAAUGUGAAAUGUCAGAAUAAUAGUAGAGAGUGUCACGCCCUGACCUUAGAGAGACGUUUUAUUUCUCUAUUUGGUUAGGUCAGGGUGUGAUUUGGGGUGGGCAUUGUAUGUUGUCUAUUUCUUUGUUUUUGUCCGAGUAUGGUUCCCAAUCAGAGGCAGCUGUCUAUCGUUGUCUCUGAUUGGGAAUCAUACUUAGGCAGCCCUUUUCCCACUUUCUGUUGUGGGAUCUUGUUUUUGUUAGUUGCUGGUUUAGCUCUACAAUACUUUAUGUGUCGUUUAUCUUUCUUGUUUUUUUGGUGUUCAUUUAAUAAAUUCAAAAUGUACGCCUACCACGCUGUACCUUGUUCUCAUUCCUACGACAGCCGUAACAGAGAGAAUUAUUUAUUUCAGCUUUUAUUUCUUUCAUCACAUUCACAGUGGGUCAGAAGUCU